UUUGCCAAAACAAAAGAAAAUAUAAGAAAUACUUAAAGGCUCUUCAUUGGUGGUAAUCACCAAAGUGUAUAUCAGUCCAUCUCUAUCUUAAUUAUUCUUGACGAACAUCAUUCACUUUUAUUAAUCCAGAUAGUGGCAAUUAGCUACGCUCAACUACAUUCGCGGACUAUAAUUGUACCAUGGGCCAUUUCAUAUGUUGCCAACGUUGUGGUGCUGUAAUAAUAUCAGGUUCUUUAGUGAAAGAAAGCACAAAACGUAAAAUCUGCUGGAAAUUCUGUAAAAUUGUACUAAAAAAUGUAGUAGCAGAACUUAUAAAAGAGGAUUGGAAUCACAAAGAUACUGCAAUGUACUACAGAGGAAGACAAGGCCAAGUGAAAGCACAAAUAAUGGCAAAUAAUGUGCCAAAUCUUUGUCGAACAUGUAUUAACAACACCGAGGUUGAGGUUGAGGUUGAGGCUGAGGAGGCUGCUGCUGCCACGAAAAGAGAAGCUAAGGCUGCAUUGGUUGUUGCUGCAAGGAAAAGAAAAGCCGAGGAUAUGGUUGUUGUUGCUGCUGCUGCUGCUGCUGCGGCGGCGGCGAAAAGAGAAGCUGAGACUCGUGCAUACUGCCUGAUGCUGAUGAUAGGGUGCUUCAUUUGUGUAUCAGUGAGUGUUGUUGCGUGUACGUGGUGUUUUAUGAGGGGUUGAUCAUAUUAUCAAUGUCUAUAAAGUAUGUACUUUCGUGGAAAGUCAGCUAAAUGCUAUACAUGGCCAACAAUCUGCACCGAUGACUGUUACAUACUUAGGUUUUUUUUUUUUUUUUUUUUUUUUUGUUCUAUCCAAUUCACCCUUUGGGCUAAUUCGAAUUCAGGGCUCAAUUCUGAAUGGUUAGGUUUCAAUCGCCUCUCAAUUAUUGUCGUGGGGAAUCGAAUACACGGUCCUCCCUAUCAAGUACAUCCCCAAUCACCACUGCACCUAUAACCAAUUGGUUGUUACAUACUUAGCUUAAUUAAUCGGUCUUCUAAUUGAUCAACUAGCUAUUUGUACGUGUAUCUCGGUCUAGUUCGACGUUCUCGGUUGUUACUUUAAAUAUCAUUGUAAUAUGAACAAGUGUUAGAUAUGUAUUUUUCAAUUAUCUUGAAAUCUACUGUAUUAUUUAUACUUCGUCAUAUUAGCUUAACUUAGUGCAAUCGUACCAUAUGUCAUACAUGUUAUUGCCUUCUUGGCUUCUUGGGUGUAAUAUUGUUUAACAACUAUUGAUUAUUAAUAUGAAAGGCAUUCAAUAAAGUGUUGUUGCUUUUUAAUUUAUUUAUUUUUUCUUUCUCUUUUUGAUUUGAUAAUGUAGAGAAAGACACUAAAGGGGGCAAAUAUUGUAGACGCGUUUUUAUCUCAAGUUUUUAAUACCACCUCUCAAAAUUUUAACCAACUAAGCUAGUUAAUCAUCUAUAAAGUUUUGUACUAUAAUUAACCCUAUUUAAAAAUAUAUAUAGCAUUUAACCUCCUCUUUCCGUCCCAAUAUAUAGUUCACGUUUGUGUUUUUUCACGAUAUUUAAGAAAUGGAAGGCAAAAGUUGGUAAAUUAUAUAAA